AUGAGGGUUCUCUAUCUAGCAUGCUCCCUGGCUGGUUUCGCUUUAAUGGGGAAGACCCAGGCCUCUUUGCGAAAUUACCCCGUAGCAGAGACCACCAACGGAUCCUACAAGGAUGUAUAUCUACCUCACUACGAUCAGGAUCUGUUCUUAGACAUACCCUCUGCUCAGCCGCCGAUAGAGAUUCGGCGUUUCCGGAACCCUGAGCCUCUCACCACAGACUGGACAGGGGAACGCCCCUCCACCAAAUACGCCUUUGUGAACUCGGUCAAGUUCAACAAGCCGAUGAAUGCAGUAAGCAUCGCAUACCGUCUCGGUCCGUAUGGCUUCUUCAACGGCAACGAGGUAGCGGCUGAGAAGGCAUUGAAUCUGGGUCUCAAGGAUCAGCGGCUUGCCCUGCACUGGAUUCAGGAGAACAUUGCCGGCUUUGGGGGUGACCCACGAAAACUCACUAUCUACGGUCAAAGCGCUGGCGCUGAAGGUGUGGGGUAUCAUCUUCGUGCGUUCAACGGCCGCGAUGAUGGCCUGUUCCGGGCUGCUAUCAUGCAGUCAGGGCCAGUCAUUCCCCAAGGGCCUCUCAGUCUGACCGCGAGCUACCAAUACAGGUACGAGGGGGUGGUUGCUGAGGAAGGCUGCUCUCAUGCUGAUCAUAAGCUCGACUGUUUGCGUGCCUUGCCCUUCGCGGUUCUAAACAAUGUGCUCAACUCUUCUGCUUACAAUACAGGUUGGGGGCCUACAGUCGAUGGUGACUUUGUCGCCCGCUAUACCAGCGAGCAAGUAGAUGAUGGCUCCUUCGCCCGUGUGCCCAUCAUCGCCGGGACUACCACCGACGAAGGGAGCACACAAUCUCCCAAGCCUGUGAAUACCACUGAAGAAUUGAGAGGCUGGAUGAAUACAACAUCGAGCUACCAGCUUGCCCUCCCAAAAUCCUCUAUUAACGCUCUCCUUACCCUCUAUCCAAACACUACCACCUUCGGCAUACCCAGCUCCGCAGAGCUGGGUGGCAACGUUACUCUGCCACAGCCCUACGGCGCAGCUUUCCGGCGAUCAGCAGCCUACUUUGGCGACCAAGUCUUCACCGCGUCUCGACGCAAGACAUGCCAGGCCUGGGCUGCUCACGCCUUGUCUGCCUACUGCUACCGAUUCAACACCAAGCCCACAACUACCAGCUGGGUGGAGGGCGUAGCGCAUUUCUCCGAUGUGGCGUUUGUGUUCAACAACCUCAACGGACAGGGAUACGAUGUCAACCCAUUUGCCAUGGGGAAUCUGACUCAUAAAUAUAUUGAGCUAAGCUAUUUGAUGGCCGGUUCAUGGGCGAGUUUUGUGUCCGAUCUAGACCCUAUUCGUGGAGAGGCACGGGGAGAAAUGCCAUUAGGGCUGUGGGCGGAGAGUCUGGCUGGCCGGUAUAGACGGUUGAUUGGCCGCGCAAUAUGGUUUUCGAUGCGAACGUGA